AUGGUGAAGCAUACUUUAGCAUGGGAAAAUGCGUCGGAUGCUCAGGCGCUCCUCGGACGCGCCCUUGUCGAGAAGCACCGUGCCAUUGUCGUAGACUUGCUUGAUGAGAAAUGGUCCUUUUGCGACCUCCUCCGUUUUGCGGCGAUCUCGUGGUGGAACUCGAAGCAUCACCUGGCCAUCUACCUGAUAGAAGUGCUGAAUUUGUAA